GUUAUCCUUAAAAAAUUAAUAUAGAAUAUAGUAUUCUGAAUAUGGGGUCUAAACAAACUCCUUCUGAAUUUUUAAAACAAAUUGUUGGCAGACCGGUUGUUGUAAAACUUAACUCAGGUGUUGAUUAUAGAGGUAUUUUAGCCUGUUUAGACGGUUAUAUGAAUAUAGCUUUAGAACAGUCAGAGGAAUAUUGUAAUGGACAACUUAAAAAUAAAUAUGGAGACGCGUUUAUUCGAGGGAAUAACGUUCUAUACAUCAAUGUUCAAAAGAAAUGAAAAAGCCUACAAAUUAAUAUUAAAUUAUGCUAAAUAUUUUGAUAAUUUAAUUAUUUUUGAAUCAUAAUAUAUUUUUUUAUAAGAGCGGAUAUAAUUAUAAAUAAAGACUAAUUCAUUUGA